AUGUCUUGCUCUGGUAACCCCUCCAACUGUUCUUUCUGCGGAAACACCGAAACCAACUGUGCCAAAGUUGAAGUUAACGGAUGCACCACCAACCCCAAGGAAUGUACGGUUUGUCAAGGUAAUGGAUGUGUAGCCAAGGCAUGUACAGGUAACACCUCCACGUGUCAAGCAUGUAAAGACGGCCAUUACACCACCUGUCGAAAGGCCCAAGUCCAAGCUAGCGAGGGCAUCGAACCUGCUCGACCUGCUCCUAUCGCCUAA